AUGGCUGGGUGUAUUGGAAGUAACGCCGAUUUUGCAACGGGUCUGAUUCUACUGGCAAAUCGUCUGGCUGUAGGUAACGCAAACGAUGUUACAAAACUUGACGAACAAAUAUUAAGGACUUCAACGAGAGCUAUAUUUUUCAAACAUCACAUGCCGAGCUACUGUUACGUCACAGAUUAUAUAAUCCAUCCGGAGUAUCAAAAUAAAACAGUGAACACACUGGCGUUACUAUACCUAGACUGUGACAUUAAUUUGACACCGAUAAAUUGGCUUGAGGGAAACGUUGGACAGAACACUUACGCCAUUGGUUUGACUGAUCAGAGACAUGAUUUCGUACAGAUUUUGUAUAACAUGAAGAGGAUUGAUUCCAACAGCUGUAUGGACUUUUAUAUUAAAGAAGAGGUAAUAGUGUCAUUAUAUAGUACUACUUUUUGCCCGCGACUUCGUUCGCUUUAAUUUCGUCAUUAGUAAUAUAUGUAUAGCCGACCGGGCGAACUGUAUUCCGCCCAAGAGGCCAUAAAUAUCCAGAUAUUGGAAUUUUUAAUUUAUUUUUUCCUUUUCGAUCGAACAGAAUUAAAUAUCCUAUGUGGUAUGUACGUCUCCUGGUUCUAAGCUAUC